AUGGGUGUUUUGAUUUCGCGCAUCAUGGUAAGAGGUUUUUGCUUUGUUCAGAUGAAAUUUCAGGCCGCUAACAAUUCAGGCCAUGCUGGCGCAAUGCUUCAGGCGAGACAGCUGGGAAAAGAGUUGUAUGUCGGGGUUCACUCAGACGAGGAGAUCCUCGAGAAUAAAGGGCCAGUCGUGAUGCAUUUGGCAGAACGAGUCAUUGCUGUCCAGGGAUGCAAAUGGUGCACUGAGUGUGUCCCCAAUGCUCCGUACGUGACUGAUCCAGAUUUCAUGAAGGCACACGGGUGUAAUUAUGUUGUUCACGGAGACGAUAUUACUACUGAUGCAAAUGGAGAGGACUGCUACAGAGUGGUGAAGGAUUUGGGGAUGUUCUUGGUGGUCAAAAGAACUCCUAACAUUUCCACCACGGACUUGGUAGGCAGGAUGCUGGUUCUUACGAAAUCCCACCAUAUUCCGAGUAUUACGCCGUAUGACUGGCUUUCAUACAAGACUGACAAAGAAUCUUUGGCCUUGCACACACUUCUCCUCAAUGACUCAGUGGAAAGGUUUCAGAUGUACUCCAGUGCUGAAGACGGACUCAGUCCAGGGUCUGCGGUUUUCGUCUACACCCCAGAAGACCAGAAAUUAAAUGCGUUGGUGAAUCCCGAGUCUCAAAAGUGGUCGAACUCGCCGAAGAUUUACUAUAUAGAUGGAGGUUUUGAUCUGUUCAACCCCGGUCAUAUCAUAGCUUUAAGGAUGGUCAAAGAGAUGGCAGCCAAAGAGGAUGCAUUGGUCUUGGUGGGUCUAAAUGAUGAUACUACCAUUAACAAAGCCAAGGGCCUGAAUUUUCCCGUUAUGAACCUCUUUGAGCGUUCUUUGUGUGUGCUGCAGUCUAAAUACGUCGAUGGUCUGAUUCUUGGAGUUCCGUCCGUCACCUCGUUGCAGUUCCUCAAAACGAUUCCCGGCGAAGUCGUCAAGGUGUGCCAUGGCCCGACUGCUGACGUUGACUCCUACUAUUCAGAGGUGAAAGCGGCCGGAUUAUACCUGGAGCUUGGGCCUCACGAAUAUGAUGACAUGUCGACCGAGGUGAUCAUUAAUCGUGUUCUGGACAACAGGAAGAGCUACGAGGAAAGGCAGAGAAAGAAGGGCUGGAAGAGCGAAAUAGAGAAGCAGUUGCUAGAACAGGAAAAGACCGCAUAG